AUGUUCCCAGUUUCAUCACACAGACCUCGACUGACUGAAUCCCCGUCAGCUUAUUCUUACUCGAUUCCUACUGCAAGGCUGGGUAACCCUCACACGGUACUCCAUACCCAGUAUCUAAAUCAUCCACCCUGGCGCCAAAAUCCCGAUUCCGCUGGCCAGUCCCCCGCGUUAGACAGCUUCUCUCCCGACGCCCACCUCUCUCCGGACUGCUGUCCAGCCGCCCGCUCUUUCAUCGCGACUCCAAACCAAGUCCCAUCUCAGCCUUCCUACGUAUCCUUGUCGGGCCUUUCAGAACCCGUGUCACACAGAAUCGCCUCUGGAAUCUCCGUCACGAGACCCUCCCCCGCACUCCGACACCGAGCCCAGUCGCGUAUCUACCGUGCGAUCGUCCGACGUCAAGCCCGGCGUGCAGCGCGCUAUCGCAGACUCGGCGGGGGCUUCGUCGCCAACCUCCUUGGGCCUCGGCGACGGUUGCGGGGCGGGAGAGCUGGAAGUGGUGUAUUUGCGCGAUCUGGCUUCCUCGCGAGACGCGUGAGAGCGAUUCGUGGGCCUGACGGGCCGAAGGAUGCUGUGAGAGCCCCAAUGGCGUCCUCUACAUGGAGUGGUGAUGGCUCAUAUGCCUCUGGGAGUCGGCGUAAGAAGGCUUACGAGUGGUUCAAGGCCGCGAAUGAGUUGGGUCAAGCUUACACGUCGCGGUGGACGGGCCAACGGGCUGAUUCCCAGGAGGAUUAUUACCAUACACCUGGUGCCUUUCCAGACGUGGAGAUUGCGCGAUCGGGCGAUGAGGAAAUGGUGCUGUUUCCUAGCUACGCGAGGAGAUUGACGCCGAAAAAGAGGAACGAUGAGAGUUUGCGCCCGCGGCGUGAUUCUUGGUCAGAGACUAUUGAUGACUAUCGUGGUGCCUCCCAGGACGAGAAAACUGGGUCUCGUUGGAAUGAGUCCGAGAUCGAGAAUGCGGUUGUGGACGUUGAUGUACGAGGAUGGAUGUAUGCGCCGAAUAGAGGACCGAUGAACAGAAAGCAUCGCCUCAUGAUCAAGCUGGCGAGGACCUUGAGCGGGAUUCCCGCCCCAUCUGGCGUUGCAAACGAGGAUGGACCGUCUGAUAGGAUAUCCGGCAAGGGCGAGGACGAGGAUGUGAACAACCAAAUGCAAACAUUGGUUGAUACAGCAGAGAAGGAUGCAGACCAAGCCUGGAAGAGCUCCAACGCUGAUUCUCCCCGAGUAGCAUCCGGUCCGUCUGCGCCGAUGACGAAGGACGAAGUCACGAUAGCCAAUGCGCAUCUCAUGGAGCGAUUGCGUCCGUUCUUGACUAACCCCAUGGCUGGUAUGCCUGUCACCGUCUUCUUUUUCAAUGACGAACAGAGUGAAUCUCGGAACAUGAUGACGGAUGAGUCCGGUCAUUUCAGUAUUCGUGCCCCCAUGACCUUCAUCCCAACUCAUAUUCGAGUGCUUGCCUCGGAGGACCUCUCUGCCGCGAAGCCAAUCGAGAUUAUUGAACCAGUUGGUAUCAGCUUAAUCAGUGAUAUUGACGAUACUGUGAAGCAUUCCGCUAUUGCUAGCGGUGCGAAAGAGAUGUUCCGGAAUACAUUUGUUCGAGAGCUAGCUGAGCUCAAAGUCGACGGAGUAAGCGAGUGGUACACGCAGGUGGCUAAGCGCGGCGUGGAGAUGCACUACGUUUCUAAUGCCCCAUGGCAACUAUAUCCUUUGCUGGAGAGGUAUUUUAAGUUGGCAGGAUUGCCUCCUGGCUCAUUUCAUCUCAAGCAGUAUAGUGGUAUGCUCCAGGGAAUAUUCGAACCGACGGCCGAGAGAAAGCGAGCAUCACUAGAGCAACUUAUGCGCGAUUUCCCUGAUCGCAAAUUCAUCUUGGUUGGUGACAGUGGCGAAGCUGACCUGGAGGUUUACACCGAUAUCGCCCUGGCAAACUCUGGUCGCAUCCUGGGCAUUUUCAUUCGAGAUGUUACGACCCCAGAAAAGCAGCCUUUCUUUCAGCAAUCUGCUGGAUACCUCGAACCUGGAUCCGCUCGUAGUCGCAGCACCCCUCAAUUAGUGGACCACUCGGAUUCUCAAUCGAACAGACCUGCAUUGCCACCUCGUCGACCCCGAGAGGUACCUACACCAACGGAGAAUGAAACAAAGACCAUCCCAGUUGGAGAUUUGAUUGAUCUACGAGAUGACGAUACUCCAGAGACGACUAAGCCAAGUCCAGCAUUGAAGUCACGGGUCCCUCCAACCAAGCCGACCAAGCCAUCCUCUCUAAGGACAACGACAGGGCCCGCUGAUAAGAGCCAGCCCUCUCAAGAACCCAUCCGUCGCAAACCAGCACCUCCCUUGCCACCGCGGCGGAUCGCGACAUUCCAAACAGAUUCCCGGGAUCUAGAUGGACUAUCGCCUCUGUCUCGCACCCAAACUGAGCCACUGAUGGAAGAUCAGAAGUCAUCACGUUCCAGAGCACCACCUCCUCUUCCACCACCCCGGCGCUCAAAUACUGCUUCAUCAAACCUCAGCUCAGGCUCUAGUACACCGACACCUCGCCCUGGGGCACCAGCAAACAAGCCAUCAUACCCAGUGUCCGCUGCUCAGUCUGCCCUUUCAUAUGCGACGGAACGCCUGAACAUCUCCUCAUCACCAACAACGAGUUUGCGUCAAUCUGCAUCUAAUCAGUCCCUCAGCCGUUCAUCAACGAUCAAUAGCUAUAAUUCUGGCGACCCAGGAAUGCCACCCGCCCCUCUCCCAAAUAAGCGCGAAGAGCUAUGGCGGCGUCGCUGGGAACGUUCCAGUGAUAUCUUAGAAAAACGUGGUGUCGUGUUAGCCAGUUGGCGUGUUGGAAGUGACGCACAGCCUGUUUGUGGAUGGCUCAUCGAAGAGGCUCUGAAGGAGAUCAAGGUCAAUGGUGCUGGACGCCGAACAUAG